AUGGCGACCAACAGUGGGCGAGGAAACCCAAUCGCCGCCAGCGAGGGCAUCCAGGACGCUACCAGCACUCCUCCAGCCGUUCCCGCCGCGGAGAAGAAGGAGAUUGUCGAGUCUGCCACCGGUGCGCACGCUACAGGUCAAGAUGCCGGCGCAGCAGCCGCAGCCGGUGCGCCCAAGGUGAAGACUGAGAAGGAGUUGGAGAAGGAACGAAAGAAGGCCGAGAAACAGGCCAAGUUCGAAGCAAAGAAGCAAAAGGCCGCUGCCACCGCCCCCAAAGCUGUCAAAGAAAAGAAGCCUAAGGAAAAGAAGGUCGAGGAGGAGCCUCUCCCCGAAUACGUCGAAGACACCCCGGAGGGCGAGAAGAAGCGAAUCCGGUCAUUUGAAGACCCCCAUUUUAAAGCCUACAACCCCAUUGCGGUCGAGUCUGCAUGGUAUAGCUGGUGGGAGAAGGAGGGCUUCUUCAAACCCGAGUUCAAGCCCGAUGGAAGCGUCAAGGACGAGGGCAAGUUCGUCAUCGUUCACCCUCCCCCCAAUGUCACUGGUGCUCUGCACAUGGGUCACGCACUUGGUGACUCCCUUCAGGAUCUGAUGAUUAGAUGGAACCGUAUGCAAGGCAAGACUACCCUCUGGUUGCCCGGAUGUGAUCAUGCUGGUAUCUCUACGCAGAGCGUUGUUGAGAACAUGCUUUGGAGAAAGGAGGGCAAGACAAGACAUGACCUUGGCCGUGAGGAAUUUGUUAACACCGUCUGGAAGUGGAAGGACGAAUACCAUAAGCGCAUCAACAAGGCCCUGACCAGCCUGGGAGGAUCCUUUGACUGGAGCAGAGAGGCUUUCACCAUGGACAAGAACUUGUCUGCUGCUGUUACUGAGACCUGGGUCAAGCUUCACGAGGAGGGCACUAUCUACCGAGCAAACCGACUUGUUAAUUGGUGCACCAAGCUUAACACCGCGCUUUCCAACCUCGAGGUCGUCAACAAGGAGUUGACUGGCCGUACCCUGCUCGAAGUCCCUGGUUACGACAAAAAGGUCGAGUUCGGCGUCAUUGUCCACUUCAAAUACCCCAUUGAAGGUUCCGAUGAGCUUGUCGAGGUUGCCACCACCCGUAUUGAGACUAUGCUUGGUGAUACCGGCAUUGCUGUCCACCCCAAGGACGAGAGGUACAAGCACCUCAUCGGAAAGACUGCCAUCCACCCCUUUAUCGAGGGCCGCAAGCUACCCAUCAUCGCCGACGAGUAUGUCGACAUGGAAUUCGGUACCGGUGCUGUCAAGCUUACUCCAGCUCAUGAUCCUAACGAUUUCACUCUCGGCCAGAAGCACGGUCUUGAGUUUAUCAACAUCUUGACCGACGAUGGUCUUAUGAACGAGAACACCGGCGCUUACAAGGGCCAGAAGCGAUUCGACGUCCGUUACACUAUCCAAGAUGAUCUCAAGGCCAAAGGUCUAUAUGUUGACAAGAAGGACAAUGCUAUGAAGGUCCCUCUGUGCGAAAAGUCUAAAGAUAUCAUUGAGCCUCUUCUGAAACCCCAAUGGUGGGUCCGCAUGAAGGAACUCGCUGAGCCUGCCUUGGCUGCUGUUCGAGACGGGCGCAUUAAGAUCCGACCAGAGACUGCUGAGAAGAGCUACUUCCGAUGGCUUGAGGACAUCAACGACUGGUGCAUCAGCCGGCAACUCUGGUGGGGUCACCGAUGUCCCGUCUACUACGCUAAGAUCGAGGGCGGCGCUGGAGACAUCCCUGAGGAGAAGCUCUGGUUUGCCGGCCGAACACGAGAGGAGGCUGAGGAGAAAGCUAAUGCUGCACUCCCUGGCAAGACAUAUACACUUGAGCAAGAUGAGGAUGUCCUCGACACAUGGUUCUCCUCUGGGCUCUGGCCCUUCAGCACCCUCGGCUGGCCCAACAACACCCACGACCUCCAAACUCUCUAUCCCACAGAGGUCCUCGAGACCGGUUGGGACAUCCUCUUCUUCUGGAUUGCCAGAAUGAUCAUGCUCGGUCUCAAGAUGACGGGCGAUAUCCCAUUCAAGGAGGUCUACUGCCACAGUCUUGUUCGAGAUUCUGAAGGUCGUAAGAUGAGUAAGAGUUUGGGCAACGUCGUUGAUCCCCUGGAUGUCAUCUCAGGUAUCCAGUUGCAGUCUCUCCACGACAAGCUUCUACAAGGUAACCUACACCCCAGCGAGGUUACAAAGGCCACCAAGUAUCAGAAGACUGCCUUCCCCGAGGGUAUCCCCCAGUGUGGUGCUGAUGCCCUGCGUUUCACCAUGAUUAACGCCACAACCGGUGGUGGUGAUAUCAACCUAGAUGUCAAGAUUAUCCACGGAUACCGCAAGUUCUGUAACAAGAUCUUCCAAGCUACCAAAUAUGUUCUGGGAAGUCUCCCCAAGGACUUCACUCCCUCGACGUCAGGGGUUGUCCGUGGCGAAACUCUUGCCGAGCGGUGGAUUCUUCACAAGAUGAACACCGCGGCCAAAGAGAUCAACCGUGCUCUUGAGGAUCGCGAGUUUUCAAAGUCAACAUUGAUCGUCUACCGCUACUGGUACAACGAGCUUUGCGAUGUCUACAUCGAGAACUCAAAGGCCAUCAUCCGUGACGGUACUCCAAAGGAGCGUGAGUCUGCUGUCCAGACUCUCUACACUGCUCUCGAGGCCGCUCUCGCCAUGAUUCACCCUUUCAUGCCCUUCAUCACUGAGGAGAUGUGGCAACGAAUGCCCCGACGACCUGAGGAUCAGACCAAGUCUAUCAUGGUCGCGAAGUACCCCGUCUACCACGAGAAGCUUAAUGACCCCGAGUCUGAGCGCGCUUACGAGCUUGUUCUAGGCUGCUCCAAGGCCGCUCGCUCACUGAUGGCUGAGUACGCCCUCAAGGAUGAGGCUGAGGGCAAGUGCUAUAACCCUGCCUACAACGAUACUGCUCUCACCACCGUUAAGGAGCAGUCGUCUUCUAUUAAGACCUUGAGCGGUAAGGGUAUCAAGGGAGUCGAGAUCCUCAACCCCGACGCUAAUAGACCCGCCGGGUGCGUCGCCUAUCCUGUCUCAACCGAGGCCUCCGUUUUCCUUCACGUCAAGGGCCGCGUUGACCUUGAUGCCGAGAUCGCCAAGGCGCAGAAGAAGCUCGACAAGGCAAAGAGCAACAUUCAAAAACAGGAAAAGAUUCUCAAUGACCCUGGCUACCUUGAGAAGGUCUCAGACGCCGUCCGCGAGACAGACGAGAAGAGAUUGGCAGAUGCCAAGCAAGAGCUUAACAGCUUCGAGGAGACCAUCAAGCAGUUUGAGCAGCUAAAGCUGGAGUAG